GUCAUGACAUUACGGUCACCAUGCAUAGUCAUUGCGACGCAACAUCUGAUACCGGCCGGCAGCCACGCACGUGGGCUGUGUUGUGGGUGAAUUUUCCGUAAAGCCAAGCAGCAGAUUUUCAAGCAUCAGAGGCAGUAUGGCACCUCCUCCAACAAAGUCUAGUUCCCCGCCCCUCAAGAGGGCCAAGCUGAGUAAAGGGGCGCUGUACAAACCACCAACAAGUGAGGAACUGAACACACUGAAGGAAACAGACAACGUAUACCAGUCCAAUCUGUUCCGUAUGCAGAUGGGAGAGUUGAUUGGUGAAGUUCAAGUGAAAGAGACAAGGAAGCAGCUCAUCACAAAGACACUGCAGGAGCUGAAUGACGUACUGAUGAAUCUGCCAUCCCAGGAUGUAGAUGAGGUAACAGAUUCAGCGUGGUGUCAGGAGGAUGUCAAAUGCCCAACCAGCUGGGAACGAUCACAGGUCAAAGGUCAGAUGUCGUUCCACAAGCCGGCCUCGGUGAAGGUGGUCGGGAGUUUCCUGCUGGACAUCCUGACCCAGCCUGACCUCGGCAUUGACCUGGCAGUGGAAAUGCCUCAAGCUUGCCGACAACCCAAAGACUACCUGAACUUUCGAUAUCACCACAAGAGGGCGCUGUACUGUGCUUACCUGGCCAAUCAGCUGAGAGGCCACAACCUCGUCGAAGAGGUCAAGUACUGCUGGAAGGAUGCCAACCACAUGAGACCCCUGGUAGUGCUUAAACUCGCUGGCAAGACUAUCAAACACGUUCAAGUGAAUCUCUAUCCAUGCCUGCCGGAGGGCAACUUCAAGAAGUCGAGACUGCUACCCAGUAAAAGCAAUAUCCGCAGGCAAUGGUACACAGGGAAUAAGGAAGUGGAAGAGACUUUUCCAUCAACACCGCAUUACAACAGCUCCAUUCUAGCCGAUAUGUCUAUGGAGAGUCACCUUCACUGUCUGUACAAUGCCGCCAUGGAUUUCCCUGGCUUCAAAGAUGGCAUACUGCUGCUUAAAGUCUGGCUACGUCAACGGCAACUGGAUAAGGGAGGGCAUGCGUUCAGUGGGUUCAUCAUGUCCAUGCUGGUUGCAUACCUUCUGUCCAAGCGAGUACUCAACAAGCUGAUGAGUGGCUACCAAGUAUUCAGGAAUGUCGUCCACUAUCUAGCUGGUUGUGACUGGACCACCGAUGGCAUCACUCUCUGCAGAGACACCUCAGACAAAGACCUCCCAACCAUCAAGGAGUUUCAUCAAUACUUUGAUGUUGUCUUCCUGGAUUCCUCUGGUUACCUGAAUCUCUGCACCAACAUGACCAAGGCUACUUUCCAACAGGUUCGUCAUGAGGCUAACCUUGCCAAGGUCUACCUCGAUGCUCCAACUCUUGAUGGAUUUGAUUGUCUCUUCAUGACACCGGUGCCUUUUGCAAGGAAAUUCGAUCACAUCUUUCACUUGGAUGAUUUGAGUCAACUGAAGGAGUCCAGCAAACGCUUCAAGCAACUAGAGGACAGUCUGAUGGACCAUGGAGGGGACCACGUCAGGACAUGUCUGCCAAGACUGAUAGAAUUGCUGCAUCGAGGCCUAGGCAGCAGGGUCAGCAUGAUUGCAGUACAUCUCCAGGAAGACAAACAGUGGAGUAUUUCAGAUACGCCUCCGAAGCCAGAGGACCUGGGACCUCUGACCUUUGGUCUGCUUCUCAACCCAGAGUUUGCCGGCAGCGUGUUGGAGAGAGGACCUGAGGCAAAUACACCAGAGGCGGAGGAGUUUCAGAGGUUUUGGGGUGAGCGUUCUGAGCUUCGUCGAUUCCAGGACGGUUCCAUCUGUGAGGCCGUGGUGUGGCCAGGGCAGACGGCCGCUGAGAAACGUCUCAUCUGCAGUCAUGUCAUCAAACAUCUUCUCAAACUUCAUGCCGGAAUCUCACCGGAUACACUCACCUACGUUGGCGGACAACUAGACCCUAUUCUCUCUUUGUCUGGCAUGAGCACACCCCACCCUACACCAGACAGCAAACCCCAGGACACACACCAGGACCCCCACCCUGGCACCGGGGAGGAGGAGAACGUGACCGUGCUGCAGGUCUACAAUGAGCUGAGCAAGGAUCUGAGAGGGUUGAAGGGCUUCCCGUUGGUCAUGACAUCUGUGCAGGGAAUCUCCCCAACACUCAGAUACACUGAGGUAUUUCCACCCACCCCAGUUCACGCGCGACGAUCUGGAGGCAGAGCCCGUCUCCAUGGUUAUGUCCAGGUUCCCGUCUCUCACCAGCCGUGCCCAGAAUGGGUACCAGCGAUAAAAGUGAUCUGCCAACUUGAAGGGAGUGGCAAGUGGCCGGAUGACGUACCUGCCAUACAGCGGAUCAAAGCUGCGUUCCAUAUCCGACUAGCUGACAUGCUGCAUAAACAGUGCCGACUGGUCACGUUUGCCACGCCUUCAUAUGUCGAUGUUCUCAAGGAGGGUUAUGUGUUCCGUGUCGAGGUAGCCCACAGGCGAGAGAUUGGCCUUCUGAAAGAGACCUACACACCUGAUGGCAUGAAGGUUCUGCGUGACAACCAGCAGUCUCUGGAACUGGAGAGAAGAACGGUCAUGCUGCCAAGACUUACCAGCACACUGCACGGGAUUCAGCAGCAGCAUGCGUCCUUCUCUGGAACCGUUCGUCUAGCCAAGCGCUGGGUGUGUGCUCAGCUUCUCUCCAAUCAUGUACCUGAGGAGACCAUUGAUCUCUUGGUAGCUUACCUGUUCCUCCAGCCUGCUCCGCACAUAGUACCUGGUUCUCCGUUGGUUGGUUUCCUACGGUUCCUUCAUCUGUUAAGCAGUCAUGACUGGCAGUCUGCUCCUGUCAUCAUCAAUCUCAACAACGAAUUGCAAGAUUCAGACUAUGAUGAAAUCCGCCAGCAUUUCAGCGAGCACAGGAGUCAACUCCCACCCAUGUUUUUAGCCACGCCCACCGACAAGCUCAACUCAGUAUGGUCACAGAAGCAGCCUGCAGCUCAGAUUCUACGGCGGUUGCUGGAGUUGGCUAAGGAGUCACUGCGAGUCCUGACAUCACAGAUGAUGGGCCUAGAUACAAACACAGACUUCAAGCAAAUUUUCCGACCUCCCCUUGACCUGUAUGACGUCGUCAUCCACUUACGACCCAAGCUGGUUCCCAGGAGAGGGGAGGUGGUGGACGGUAGCGGGGCACCGGUUCAGAGGUCAACCACCGAUGGGAGUCUGACAGAGAAGAGUUCCCAGCUUCCCGUUGUUGACUUUGAUCCUGUCUCAUUGUACCUUCAGGAACUACAGAGUUGCUAUGGCGACCUAGCCUUGUUCUUCUAUGAUCGUCAUGGAGGUACAUUCAUCACCUUGUUGUGGAACCCAUCGGCCUUUCAAUCUCAGCCAUUCAAGGUUCUUCAAGCCAAGAGCAUGAUGCCACAGCCAGGCACGUCGUCUUCCAAGCAGCCCAUGAUGACGCCCAAUGUGGAGGCCAUAGUAGAGGACUUCAAGAUACUGGGACAGGGGCUUGUGCAGUCAGUGGAAAUACGGACAGAGAAAUGGGUUAUAUGAAGGAGUGAGAAGGACUUGGACUUGUAAACUUUGUGGAAUUAUGGAAGAGAAAUGGGUUUAACUGAGAGGAAUUCAACGUAAAAUACUUGGACAUGUCCCUGUAAAGUUGCUGGCAGAUGGAUUGACAGUGCCGUGUUAAAGCUACGUAGGAACACUUGCAAUUACCCGAAAAGUUAGCGAUUUUAAGAACAGAAACCUUGGUCAAAGUGAAGACAGGACUGGUAUCAAAUAACCUUCGAGAUUAUUCCGCCUAAAAUGGUAUCGUUUGGGAGAAAACUAAGAUAGAAGGUGGUUUAAAAUGAGUGCCCGCAGACACACUUUCUUACAUUCAUUAGCAACGGAAUCCAGUUUUCUUAAAACGUACAUGUUUUUGUAAAUUAUCCACUGAGCUGAAACUUCAAAUAGAUUAGUUGUUAUGCUCCCAA